AUGGAGAGAACCGACGCCAUGAGCUCGAGAAACAGUCACCACAUAUCGCCCGACGAGGUGCUCAACGCACCGAAACUUGCAAGUCAAGGUGAACAACGGCUCCGAACCAUUGUACACGGAGAGCCAAAUAGCUUCACCUUCCACAUAUCAUUCGAAUACCAGCACUGGGUAUUGGUUGAAUUCCAUGUUAAACCCAUUACUUCAGAUCUUGCGCAACUUCCAUUUUUUGGGCGGCAAGCACCACUCACGUCUGGCUCGUCAUUCUAUUCGCCAACGUCAAGCACUCUCGGUCUCGAACAGCACAUCGCAAUCGGUCCAAGAAGCAUUCGCGCGGCGAACCAACAGUCCACACACACGAUUCCCUUCAUAAAGCCAACCUUACCUGAGACUCACGCGAACUCUCAGGACAUGAUUGUACUUGGUAGAAAGACGCAUGGUACCGAGAGCGGAGGCUGCGAGCCCGGUGUUAUAUCCUCGACCGGUCAGGGACAAGAGAGUCUGGAUAAGAUUGUGAGCGGUCUGGUUAAGGCCGUGCUAUCCGGGCAAAGGAAAGGAAGAAUAUCACUAAUUGGAGUGAUUAAGUAUCACAAUGUCAUUACACAGAGACUUUUGGACUGUGCCAACGAUCAAAAUCUCGACGACUAUCUGGAUUACCUUGAGGGAGCUCUGCAACAGGUAGACAAUAGCCGCAAGCAAAGGUCAUCGAGGGCAGCUAAGAUAGUUAACGAUAUUGUUAAUCGUCUCUUGAUUACCGAUGGAGUUAGGGCCUGGGGUGUAUAUCACGGGUUUUCAGCGCGAGAUUACAGAUUGUCCAAAGCAUCUGAAGUGACUCAGCUUCAUGCAGAAUAUAUCGCCAAGCAGGCAGCAGAACAACUUCGUGACAAAGUCGCUGCCCCUCCAGAUUCUUUCCAAGUUCCAUUCUCCGGCUUCUGGCUUCAUACUGUCACAAAGAUCUCAUAUGCUACCAUUUGUGACUACAUUGGGUUAUCCAACGUUGCUGAGUUGAAGUCUGUAACUGAUACAGAAGUUCUAAUGUCAGUGGAUAUUCCAAUGUCCUGGAUAAGCAGGCAGUGGUUCGAUCCGCGAGACCGCAACCUGCCUGAGCCUGCUGUCUCAAAUUCGGACGAAGGUGUUGGUCAAAAUAACAGCGUGGGAGAGACCUUGGCCAUGGAAACCGAUGUGGACUUCACCGCAGACUUUGAUCAUAUUUUAUGCGAACCUGGCAUAUUUGACCCUAGGUUUGCAUUUCCGACGUAA